GCGACGCAACACUCAGCCAGGGAGGGGAGGGAUGAUGGAGCUAAGAUGGCAGCCCAACUGAGGGUGCUGCCUCUCUGGGGUCAAGAAAUAUUCAAGGAACGUAUGAAACCAAAACACGAAAAGCGUCUUUUGGAAAUUAACGUUGCCGUUUCUGGUAUUCUACAAGAACAUUGGUAAUGGCUUGAGAAUAUAUAUUUUCAGGAGACAAGCACCGUGUUGACGCCGUGGCCGGGAUCGGAAGACCGUACAUUGUAGUUGUACCACCAGAGAGACUACAAUUGGCGUUUAUAAUAACUGGGGACCGUGGAUGCUAAUUGUGGUAUUUCUGCAACCUGCAAUGGACAAAUAAUGUGACACGAGCCGGAUUUUACGACAACUGGAUUGCAUCUAACGGAUAUAUAUUGUCUACAUUGUGGUAUCUUUUGUGUGAUAUAUGAAUUGUUCUCCUAAACGAUGAUGUGUGCUGCUGUGGCAGCGGCCGCCGGUGGAGGGAUUCUGCCUUCCUCAUCGCCGUCGAUGGGGCUGGGUGUCAGGGUCAUUUCUGGACUAGGAGCCGAUCUCUCCACCAUCGGUCCAGGAAUGGGUUCUUGUCCAACACCUGGAGCCCAGUCGGAUUGUCGGACUCGGUACCAGCUUUUACUUUCAGGGCGAGCUCUGGCCGAGAGAUACAGACGGAUCUAUACCACCGCUAUCAAUGAUAAAGAGCAAGGGAUAAAUCAAGGAAGGGGAAAGAAGGCUUUAAGUAAGAAGAAACUGAAAAGGCGACAGAGGGUCAAGUCAAAAGUCAAAUCAAGAACAAAGGCCGAGAGUCUAGAUGGAGCCCUCUGCGUGCCGGACAUCAAGCUGCACAGCAACCCAUCUGCGUUCAAUGUUUAUUGCAACGUGCGGCACUGUGUGCUGGACUGGCAGCAAAGAGAGGCCUCCCUUGUGCUGGCAUCCAGGAGCUCGGUGCAGAGCGACUCAGACAGUGAGGAGGAGGAAGAGUAUCGCGAGCCAGCCGUGAAGCUGCCAAAGAUCAUUGGCAUUGGCCUGUGUGGGGUAUUUGAGCUGAUCAAAGAGACUCGGUUCUCUCACCCCUCACUGUGCCUGCGUAGCUUGCAGGCCUUGUUGGACAUGCUACAGGGACAACAGCCUGAGGGCUUUCAGACUGAGCCUCCUGAUGUGCUGGAGUCUCUUUUCCAGUUGUUGUUGGAGACCACAGUCCGGAGCACAGGGCCCAACGACCCGACGGGACAGGCCAUCACUGCUCUGUCCUGCGCCUGCCUCUUCAGUCUGGUGGUGGCCUGGGGAGACACUGGCAAAAUCUUGCAGGCUGUCUCUGCCAUCCUCACCAACAACGGCAGCCAUGCCUGCCAGACGAUACAGGUGCCCACCAUACUGAACGCCCUACAAAGGAGUGUACAAGCUGUCCUGGUGGGAAAGAUUCAAAUCCAGGAUUGGUUUGGGAAUGGCAUCAAACGCGCAGCCCUCAUGAACAAGUGGAUCCUUAAAGAGGUUGCCAUUGACGAGGAUGAGCGCUGUCUUCUACAGACAGAUGGCUCCUUCCUGUAUUUGCUCUGCAAGGACGGACUCUACAAAGUGGGCUCUGGAUACAGUGGCACUGUCAGGGGCCACGUGUACAACUCCACGUCUCGUACCAGGAAUCGAAAAGAGAAAAGAUCAUGGUUGGGCUUUGCUCAGGGCUACUUGUUGUAUCGGGACACAAGUAACCACACAAUGUCAGCCAUCAAGAUCAACCCUGAGACUUUGGAGCAUGAGGGGACUGUCACCAUGCCAGGUCAAAAUUCAGAUGGACAAAACAUAAUUUUCACAGACGGAGAGUACAUCAACCAGAUUGCAGCCUGCAAAGAUGAUGGUUUUGUGGUGCGGAUCUAUACUAUGAGCUCAGACCCGGCCCUGCAGCAGGAACUGCAGCUGAAGCUGGCAAGGAAAUGUCUGCACGCCUGCGGCAUCUCUCUAUUUGACCUCGAGAAGGAUCUGCACAUCAUAAGCACAGGCUUUGAUGAAGAGGCUGCAUUGCUUGGAGCAGGCCGGGAGUUUGCUUUGAUGAAAACUGCUUCAGGAAAGAUUUACUACACAGGAAAGUACCAGAGCCUGGGUAUAAAGCAGGGUGGCCCAUCGGCAGGGAAAUGGGUGGAAUUACCCGUUACAAAGUCUCCCAAGAUUGUUCAGUUCUCAGUCGGCCAUGAUGGCUCUCAUGCACUGCUAGUGGCCGAAGAUGGAAGUGUGUUCUUUACAGGCUCUGCCAGCAAGGGAGAGGAUGGCGAGUCCACUAAAAGUCGCAGACAGCCCAAGCCGUACAAGCCCAAGAAGAUGAUCAAAUUAGAGACCAAGACAGCAGUGUAUACAGCGUGUAACAAUGGCAGCAGCAGCAUUGUCACCAAGGAUGGAGAGCUCUACAUGUUUGGCAAAGAUGCAAUUUACAGCGACAGCACUUGCCAGGUGACAGACCUGAAAGGUCAGUCUGUAACUCAGGUUGCCAUGGGUAAGGCCCAUACGUGUGUUCUGACCAAGAGUGGGGAAGUGUGGACAUUUGGGGUGAAUAACAAGGGACAGUGUGGCAGAGACACUGGAUCCAUGAGCCAAGCAGGGAAAGCGUUUGGUGUAGAGAGCAUGGCCACAGCCAUGGAUGAAGACCUUGAGGACGAGAUAGAAGAGAAAGAAGAGAAGAGCAUGAUGUGCCAGCCAGGCAUGCACAAGUGGAAGUUAGACCAGUGCAUGGUCUGCACGGUGUGUGGAGACUGCACUGGCUACGGCGCCAGCUGUGUCAGCAGUGGACGGCCAGAUAGAGUACCAGGAGGUAUUUGUGGCUGUGGGUCUGGAGAGUCUGGCUGCUCAGCGUGUGGCUGUUGCAAAGCCUGUGCCAGGGAGCUGGAUGGUCAAGAAGCCAGGCAGAGAGGCAUCUUUGAUGCUGUGAAGGAGAUGAUUCCACUGGACUUGCUGCUAGCUGUGCCUGUCCCUCCCCCUCCAGGAGUGAACAUCGAGGAGCACAUCCAGAUCCGUCAGGAGGAGAAACGGCAAAGGAUCAAUCGCCGGCACAGGCUGGAGGAAGGCAGAGGCCCCCUUGUUUUUCCCGGUCACAUUUUUAUGAACCAGCGUGAGCAGGCCCUAGCCAGAAUAAGACCCCUUCAGGCACUAAGGCAUAAACGGGACAAGCACAAAGAUGGUAGCAGUGAGCGUGGAGAAAAGGAUGCCAGCAAAAUCACCACCUACCCCCCAGGGGCAGUAAGAUUUGACUGUGAGCUGCGAGCUGUGCAGGUCAGCUGCGGUUUUCACCACUCAGUUGUGCUGAUGGAGAAUGGAGAUGUCUACACAUUUGGUUACGGCCAACAUGGGCAGCUUGGACAUGGCGAUGUAAACUCCAGGGGUUCUCCAACCCUGGUGCAGGCCCUCCCAGGUCCCAGUGUACAGGUCACAGCAGGCAGUAACCAUACAGCUGUUCUCCUCAUGGAUGGGCAGGUCUUUACAUUUGGCAGUUUCUCGAAGGGACAGCUUGGCCGGCCCAUCCUGGACAUGCCCUACUGGAAUGCCAAGCCAUCUCCCAUGCCCAACAUUGGUGCUAAGUAUGGACGAAAGGCUACCUGGAUUGGUGCCAGUGGAGACCAGACAUUCCUUCGGAUCGAUGAGGCUCUUAUCAACUCUCAUGUCUUAGCUACUUCAGAGAUUUUUGCCAGUAAACACAUUAUUGGCCUUGUGCCCUCCUCUGCGUCUGAGCCGCCUCCAUUUAAAUGCUUGCUAAUCAACAAAAUGGAUGGAAGCUGCAGGACCUUCAAUGACUCUGAGCAGGAGGACCUGCAGGGAUUUGGCCUGUGUCUGGACCCUGUGUAUGAUGUCAUAUGGAGGUUCCUGCCAGCCGCAAAAGAGAUGUUGUGCUACAAUGCAGUAAUAGCUGAUGCCCGGAUGCCCUCUGCCACAGAUCUACAGGCUCGCUGUAGCAUCCUUAGCCCAGAGCUUGCGUUGCCCUCAGGGUCACAUGCUACCACUACUCGCUCUCACGGAGCUCUACACAUUCUUGGUUGCCUGGAUACACUGGCAGCCAUGCAAGAGCUGAAGAUGGGUGUUGCCAGCGCAGAGGAAGAGACCCAGGCAGUGAUGAAGGUCUACUCCAAGGAGGACUACAGUGUUGUAAACCGCUUUGAGAGUCACGGUGGUGGCUGGGGCUACUCAGCCCACUCUGUGGAGGCCAUCCGCUUCUGUGCUGAUGCAGACAUCCUGCUUGGUGGGCUGGGCCUUUUCGGGGGACGAGGGGAGUACACUGCCAAGAUCAAGCUUUUUGAGCUGGGACCUGACGGGGGUGACCAUGAGACAGACGGGGAUCUGCUGGCUGAGACUGAUGUGCUGGCCUAUGACUGUGCUGCCAGGGAGAAAUAUGCCAUGAUGUUUGAUGAGCCGGUGCUGCUGCAGCUGGGCUGGUGGUAUGUGGCGUGGGCCCGAGUGUCUGGACCCAGCAGUGACUGUGGAUCCCAUGGACAGGCCACCAUUACUACUGAUGAUGGUGUGGUCUUUCAGUUCAAAAGCUCUAAGAAGUCAAACAACGGUACAGAUGUUAAUGCGGGUCAAAUACCUCAGCUGCUUUACAGGCUUCCUUCAAAUGACGGCAAUGCUUCUAAAGGGAAACAGCAGACCAGUGAACCAGUUCAUAUCCUUAAGCGCUCAUUCGCUCGUACCGUCUCAGUGGAGUGUUUUGAGUCUCUGCUGAGUGUGCUUCACUGGAGCUGGACCACCUUGGUUUUGGGUGUGGAGGAGUUGCGAGGGCUGAAGGGCUUCCAGUACACUGCCACCCUGCUGGACCUUGAGAGACUGCGCUUCGUUGGCACGUGCUGCCUCCGCUUGCUCAGGGUCUACAUCUGUGAGAUCUUCCCCAUUGCUGCCAGCACAAAAGCGGUGGUGGAGGAGUCGAGCAAGCUGGCAGAGUGCGUGGGAAAGACACGUAGCCUGCUGAAGAAGAUCCUAUCAGAAGGCAUGGACAACUGCCUGACCAAGCUGGACAACGACCCCCAGGGCUACUUGUCUCAACCUUUGACCCUGCUGGAAGCUGUGCUGCAGGAGUGCCACAACACCUUCACUGCCUGCUUCCACUCUUUCUACCCAACCCCAGCUCUGCAGUGGGCCUGCCUCUGUGACCUGCUUAACUGCCUAGACCAGGACAUUGCUGAGGCCAACUUUCGCACAUCCAGCAGCCGUCUACUGGCGGCUGUAAUGUCAGCUCUGUGCAACACCUCAGUCAAGUUGACAUCCAUCCUCCCCAUUGCAUAUGACGGGGAAGUGCUGUUGCGUUCACUGGUCAAACAGGUCAGCACCGAGAAUGACUCUGCCCUUGCUCACCGCUUCCCCCUUCUGGUGGCCCAUAUGGAGAAACUAAGCCAUACUGAGGAGAACCUGAUGGGCAUGACCAGUUUCCGGGAAGUACUAGAGAAGAUGCUGGUGAUUGUGGUGCUGCCGGUCAGAAAGAGUUUGAGGAAGGAGGUGGAGUUGUUCUCUCCACACCUGGUCUCCAACACCUGUGGUCUGCUGGCCUCCAUCGUCUCUGAGCUUACUGCCUCUGCCCUUGGCUCUGAGGUUGAUGGACUAAACUCGCUCCACUCCGUGAAAGCAUCCCCUAACCGUUUCACCAAAACAAGCCAGGGCCGGAGUUGGAACACGGGCAAUGGCUCUCCGGAUGCGAUCUGUAUGACAGUGGACAAGCCAGGCGUCGUGCUGGUGGGUGUCUGCGUCUACGGAGGAGGGGGCAUCCAUGAGUAUGAACUAGAGGUGCUGGCUGAUGAUGCGCAGACGGAGCACCCUGGGGACUCGGCACAUUCUCACAGGUGGACGUCCCUGGAGCUGGUAAAGGGCACCUACGGCACUGAUGAUUCUCCCAGUGAUAUUGCAGAGAUUCGCUUGGACAAGGCUGUGCCACUCAAGGAGGGGGUAAAGUAUGCAGUCCGAUUGCGGAACUACGGCAGCCGGACAGCUAAUGGGGAUGGAGGUAUGACCACAGUGCAGUGCUCUGAUGGUAUGUCCUUCACCUUCAGCACCUGCAGCUUGAGUAGCAAUGGGACCAACCAGACGAGAGGACAGAUCCCACAGAUUCUCUACUAUAGGAGUGAGUAUGAUGGGGAUCUCCAGUCUCAGCUGCUGAGCAAAGCCAAUGAGGAGGACAAAAACUGUAGCAGAGCUCUAUCUGUGGUCAGUGCUGUGGUCAGAGCUGCAAAGGACCUCCUUCACAGAGCUUUUGCUGUCGAUGUGGAUGAUAUUCCUGAGCUACUAAGUUCCUCCAGCCUGUUCUCCAUGCUCCUGCCCCUUAUCCUGGCUUACAUCGGCCCUGUGGCUGCGUCUGUACCUAAGGCUGCUGUUGAGGUCUUUGGACUUGUGCAGGAGCUGUUACCUGCUGUCUCUGCCCUCAACCAAAAGUAUGCCCCACCCACCUUCAAUCCCAACCAGUCAACAGACAGCACUACUGGCAACCAGCCUGAGCAGGGCCUGUCAGCUUGUACCACCUCAAACCACUACUCAGUAAUUGAGAGUGACCAUCCUUACAAACAAGCUGGCGUCACACAAUACAGGGUAUCGUUCCCAGACUGUGUCCGCUGGACCACCAUCGAAUUUGAUCAACAGUGUGGCACUGCCCAGCCAGAAGAUGUCCUACGCCUGCUAAUCCCCAGCCGUACCCUCCACCUGUCCAGUCUGGGGGGCAAACCUUUGAUCCAUGACACCAUCAACACCUGGACCGAGCUCAAGAAGUUCUCAGGCUCCACAGGCUGGCCAACCACGGUCCUAGUGCUGCCAGGAAAUGAAGUUCUCUUCUCACUGGAAACAGCCUCGGACUAUGUUAAAGACGAGAAAGCUUGUUUUUAUGGCUUUAAGUGUGUGGCUGUGGGAUAUGAAUUCAACCCUGGUCCUGAUGAGGGUAUCAUCCAGCUAGAGAAAGAGUUAGCCUUCCUGGGCAGUGUGUGUGCUGCAGCGCUGAUGAAGAAAGACCUGGCCCUUCCCAUAGGCAAUGAAUUGGAGGAGGAUCUUGAGAUUCUUGAGGAAGCCUCUCUUCAGGUGUGUAAGGCCCACUCAGGGAUCCUGGGUAAGGGCCUGGCCUUGUCUCACUCACCCACCAUCCUGGAGGCCCUGGAGGGAAAUCUGCCCCUGCACCUCCAGACCAAUGAGCACUCUUUCCUUGAGGACUUCAUCACUUGUGUACAGACCUCAAGUGGAGGACGUCUGGCCAGGUGGCUGCAGCCAGACUCUUAUGCAGACCCCCAGAAGACAUCUCUAAUUCUGAACAAAGAUGACAUACGUUGUGGAUGGCCAACUACUGUGGUCGUACAGACCAAAGACCAGUAUGGGGAUGUGGUGCACGUUCCUCACAUGAAGGUGGAGGUUAAGGCUGUACCUGUUUCCCAAAAGAAGUCGAUGCACCCUGAGAAUGUGAAGAGGCUGCAGCGAUUACCUGGAAGCUCCUCGCCUUCAUCUUCUGGCCCCGACCUAACCUUUGGAGGUUUGCCAAUGCCCAAGCUGGAGGCCACGUACGAGCCCAUGAUCGUGAAAGAGGCUCGAUACAUUGCUAUUACCAUGAUGAAGGCAUAUGAAAACUACUCAUUUGAAGAGCUGCGGUUUGCUUCCCCCACUCCAAAGAGACCCAGUGAGAACAUGCUGAUUCGUGCCAACACUGACGGAACCUACAGCGCCAACUGGACUCCAGGAGCAGUUGGCCUAUAUACAAUCCACGUCACCAUUGAUGGCAUUGAAAUAGAUGCUGGAUUGGAGGUAGAAGUCAAAGAUGCUCCCAAAGGCAUGAUACCACCUGGCACUCAGAUGGUCAAACCAAAGGCGGAACCGCAGCCUAGCAAGGUCCGCAAAUUUGUGUCCAAGGACAGCGCAGGCCUGCGUGUGCGUAGUCACCCCUCCCUGCAGAGUGAACAGAUAGGCAUAGUGCAUGUCAAUGGCACCAUCACUUUCAUUGACGAGAUCCACAAUGAUGAUGGUGUUUGGCUCAGGCUCAAUGAUGAAACAGUAAAGAAGUAUGUUCCCAGCAUGAAUGGGUACACUGAAGCCUGGUGCCUCUCUUUUAACCAGCACCUGGGUAGGAGCCUUCUGGUCCCAGCCGACGAGGUCAGGGGCCAAUCGGAGGAGAACGUAAAGGAGGUGAGCAGCUGCCCUUCCCAAGAGGCCCCCAUUCGGGUGCAGAACAGGGCAGGGCAGGGCGGCGGCCCGGGGCUUUAUAAGGUAGUGAAGACCGGCCCCUCUGGUCACAACAUCAGAAGCUGCCCAAACCUUAGGGGUAUCCCCAUUGGAAUGUUAGUUCUUGGCAACAAGGUCAAGGCCAUAGGCGAGGUGGUCAACUCAGAGGGGACCUGGGUACAGCUGGAUAAGAACAGUGUAGUGGAGUUCUGUGAGAGUGAUGAAGGAGAGGCCUGGUCAUUGGCCAGAGACCGUGGUGGAAAUCAGUACCUUCGCCACGAUGACGAACAAGCACUGCUUGAGCAAGGGGCCCAGACCCCACCACCCAGCCCCUUCUCUGUGCAGGCCUUCAACAGAGCCACAACUUCAAAUGGAGCACAGGGCUUUGACUAUGGCAUCUCCAACAACAAAGGUGAGCGAGGGAACCUGAUGCCUGGUGCACGGCCCAUGUCGCCAGCCUCCAAACACCGUCAGGAACGCUCCCCAAACGGGGAAUUGGGGGAAGCCCUCUUUGAACAGAAAAGGGCAAGACAGGGGAGGGGGGAUCUCAGCCAGCAAAGGCCCUCCCUGCGGCAACCAGAAAAAACCGAGCCCUUUCUCACAGCCCUCCCACCCCCAAUCACCACCUGCAAAGCACUAAACGAUGGCAGAACCCCGGACUUCGGGGACCCCAAAACCCCAGGUUCCGCCCCCCUCCCCAAAAAAAAAGGUGGAUCCACUUCAGGCAGGUCUAGUCCUUCCAGCACCUCGUCUCAGCACUCCUCUUACCCCCAUGAAAAGACCUCCCCCUAAAGUUACCCCUUCCUCCAACCCCCAGGGGACCCUCCCAGAGAGGUCCAAAUCCGUUCAUCCUUGGCCCCAGACACGCUUAGAAGAAAAGGUUUCCACGAGCCCUUAAGGCGGUCUACAUCUCCCAAACCUAAACUGUCUCCUAAAGAUCCAAAUCAAGGAGUGAUCAGUAAUGCAGAGAACCGUGUUCCUUCUCCACAUGUGACCCAGGAGACCCACGUAAAUUUGGGGGGUGGCACUUCUAGUGCUUCCUGCCCGCGGACAAUGAAAAAAAUGGACCAUAAUGCUGAAAUGAUCUGCAAGGUGCCUUUGCUUUUGGGAAAGCCCCUUUAAAAGAGGAACUGAGACCGCGUUUCACCCCAAAAUCGCCGAAAAAGUUCCGUCACACACACCCCUAAAGACAAAUCGGGGCCUCUGUUUAAAGGUAAGGGAUCAAGGGCCCCAAGACCCUGCCAAACGGCCCAUUCCCCUUCUGGGGCGGAAUGUGCACAAAGUCUUCGCACAUUCCUGUGGCAUGAAGGUAUUGUCCACGAUGCCAUGGCCUGCUCCUCCUUCCUCAGUUUAACCCUUUUUUAAACCCAAAAGACCCGCCCCUAUCCGCCUCCCGGGGGAGGACGGGGUUUGCGAGAAAAGGGAAGCAUUUAAAAGAACCGCCACUCCUUAGAGAUUUCCUCUGCAUUGAACAUGUUUAAUAUUGCUCCACAUGGCCCUGACAUCUCUAAAAUGGGAAGUAUCAACAAAAAUAAGGUGCUUUCCAUGCUGAAAGAGCCUCCACUGCCAGAAAAGUGUGAGGAGGGGAAAGGAGAGGCCACUUCCUAUGAGAUGACUUCUCAUCCCACUAUGAGGGCAAAGUCAAUCUUACCAUUAACGUUACAACAUCUGGUGGCAUUCUGGGAGGACAUUUCUAUGGCCACCAUCAAGGCAGCCACUCAGAACAUGAUAUUCCCCAGCCCUGGGUCCAGUGCCAUCCUGAAAAGGAAGGAACAUGAGAAAGACGGUAAAAAGGCAAAGAAAGAGAAGAAGAAGAGGGAAAAGGCAGACGUGCGUCCAAGAGGGAAUCUGUUUGGAGAGAUGGCACAGCUCGCCAUGGGUGGUCCAGAGAAAGACACCAUCUGUGAGCUGUGCGGGGAAUCUCACCCUUACCCUGUCACCUACCAUAUGAGACAGGCUCACCCAGGUUGUGGCCGCUAUGCUGGAGGCCAGGGCUACAACAGCAUUGGCCACUUCUGUGGUGGUUGGGCUGGAAACUGUGGAGAUGGAGGCAUAGGAGGCAGCACCUGGUACCUGGUGUGUGAUCGCUGUCGGGAAAAAUACCUGAGAGAGAAACAGACUGCCGCCAGAGAAAAGGUGAAGCAAUCUAGAAAGAAACCCCUGCAGGUGAAGACUCCAAGGGCACUGCCCACUAUGGAGGCCCACCAGGUGAUUCGGGCAAACGCUUUGUUCCUGCUUUCUCUCAGCAGUGCUGCCGAGCCCAGUAUGCUUUGCCACCACCCUCCCCGGCCCCUGCACUCCCAGCUGCUUCCCAGCCUCAAGGAGGGCGUUUCGGACGAACUUCCCAAUAAAAUUGGCUGCCUCUACCUUCAGACACUAGCUAGGCAACACACUGAGAACUUUGGGGCCUACCAAGACGAUAACCUUUUCCAAGAUGAGAUGAGGUAUUUGCGCUCAACAUCUGUUCCUGCACCUUACAUUUCAGUCACCCCUGAUGCCUGUCCCAAUGUGUUUGAGGAGCCAGAGAACAACAUGAAGUCAAUGCCCCCCAGUCUUGAGACCAGUCCAAUCACAGACAGCGAUACAGCUAAGCGUACAGUGUUUCAGAGGUCUUAUUCAGUCGUAGCAUCUGAGUAUGACAAGCAACACUCCCCUUCUCCAGCCCGGGUCAAAGCCGUGCCCCGACGCAGGGUCCAUAGUGGUGAUGCAGAGGUGGGAUCUUCCCUGUUACGGCACCCGUCUCCUGAGCUGUCCAGGCUAAUCUCGGCCCAUGGCUCCCUCAGUAAGGGGGAGAGGAACUUCCAAUGGCCUGUUCUGGCCUUUGUUAUUCAGCACCAUGACCUGGAGGGCCUGGAAGUGGCCAUGAGACAUGCACUGAGAAAGUCUGCCUGCAGGGUGUUUGCCUUGGAGGCAUUUAACUGGCUGCUGUGCAAUGUGAUCCAAACCACCUCCCUGCACGACAUCCUUUGGCAUUUUGUAGCAUCUCUCACCCCAUCACCGUUUGAACCUGAAGACGAGGAAGAUGAUGAGAACAAGGGGAAAAAAGAAAACAUAGAACAGGAGAGAGACCUUGGUGUCUGUGAACACCCUCUGUCAGACAUUGUUAUUGCUGGGGAGGCAGCUCAUCCUCUCCCCCACACCUUCCACCGCCUCCUUCAGACCAUCUCUGACCUCAUGAUGUCACUUCCUAGUGGGAGCUCACUUCAGCAGAUGGCACUUAGGUGCUGGAGUCUCAAGUUCAAGCAGUCAGACCAUCAGUUCCUCCACCAGAGCAACGUUUUCCAUCACAUCAACAAUAUUUUGUCCAAAUCAGAUGACGGCGACAGCGAGGAGAGCUUCAACAUCAGCGUGCAGUCAGGCUAUGAAGCAAUGAGCCAGGAUCUCUGCUUGGUGACCUGUCUGAAGGAUCUGACCAGUGUAGUAGACAUCAAGACAUCCAGUCGUCCUGCCAUGAUUGGCAGCCUAACAGACGGCUCCACAGAGACCUUCUGGGAAUCUGGAGAUGAGGACAAAAACAAAACCAAGAGCAUCAGCAUCAGUUGUGUGAAAGGCAUAAACGCCUCCAAUGUGACUGUUCAUGUGGACAACUCCAGAGACAUUGGGAACAAAGUCACAUCAGUUACAUUCCUAUGUGGGAAAGCAAUAGAGGACCUCUGCAGAAUCAAACAGGUUGACCUUGACUCCCGACACAUGGGCUGGGUGACAAGUGAGCUUCCUGGAGGGGAUCAUCAUGUGAUCAAGGUGGAACUGAAAGGUCCAGAGAACACACUGAGGGUGCGCCAGGUGAAAGUUCUCGGUUGGAAAGAGGGCGAGAGCAUCAAGAUUUUAGGACAGAUCUCAGCAAGCAUGGCCCAGCAAAAGAACUGUGAGGCUGAGACUCUCCGAGUGUUUCGCCUCAUCACCUCACAGGUCUUUGGAAAACUUAUCUGUGGAGAUGCAGAGCCCACUCCAGAGCAAGAGGAGAAAAACCUUCUUUCAUCACCCGAGGGAGAAGACAAGGUAACAUCUGACGCAGACCUUAAAGAGCACAUGGUGGGAAUCAUUUUCAGCAGGAGCAAACUUACCAACCUUCAGAAACAGGUGUGUGCGCACAUCGUCCAGGCCAUCCGUAUGGAGGCCACACGUGUAAGGGAGGAGUGGGAGCAUGCCAUCUCCAGCAAAGAGAACGCUAACUCUCAGCCCAGUGACGAUGAUGCCUCCUCAGACGCCUACUGCUUUGAGCUCCUGUCCAUGGUCCUGGCUCUGAGUGGCUCCAACGUUGGCCGCCAGUACCUUGCUCAGCAACUAACGCUCAUGCAAGACCUCUUUUCUCUGCUUCACACGGCUUCCCCGAGAGUACAGAGACAGGUCACAUCAUUGCUUAGACGCGUCCUUCCUGAGGUUACGCCAGUGCGACUCGCCAGCAUCAUUGGGGUGAAGGCUCUGCCACCAGCGGACAUCAGUGACAUCAUUCAUUCCACAGAAAAGGGUGACUGGAAUAAGCUCUGCAUCCUCGACAUGUUCCUGGGCUGCAUCGCAAAAGCCCUCACUGUGCAGCUGAAAGCCAAAGGCACCACCAUCUCUGGCACAGCCGGCAUGUCUGCAGGCAAAGGAGUCACCACUGUCACGCUGCCCAUGAUCUUCAACUCCAGCUACAUCCGCAGAGGGGAGAGCCACUGGUGGAUGAAAGGCUCAACUCCUCCCCAGAUAGCAGAGAUCAUCAUAAAGCUGGUUAAAGACAUGGCAGCAGGUCACCUUUCAGAUGGUUGGUCCAGAGUCACCAAAAAUGCAAUUGCUGAGACCAUCAUAGCCCUGACCAAAAUGGAGGAGGAGCAUCGGUCUCCUGUACGCUGUAUCGCCACCACAAGGCUGUGGCUGGCCUUAGCUUCUCUGUGUGUGCUGGACCAGGACCAUGUCGACAGGCUGUCCUCUGGUCGCUGGAUGGGCAAAGAUGGACAGCAGAAGCAGAUGCCCAUGUGUGACAAUCAUGAUGACGGUGAGACAGCAGCCAUCAUCCUGUGUAACAUGUGCGGUAACCUCUGCACCGACUGUGACCGCUUCCUUCACCUGCACCGACGCACGCGCUCUCAUCAGAGACAGGUGUUCAAGGAGGAAGAGGAAGCCAUAAAAGUGGAUCUUCAUGAAGGGUGUGGGAGGACCAAGCUCUUUUGGCUCAUGGCUCUGGCCGACUCCAAGACUAUGAAGGCUAUGGUGGAGUUCAGAGAGCACACAGGUAAACCAGCUUCCAGCAGCUCAGAUGCCUGCAGGUUCUGUGGUACGAGGAAUGGGACCGAGCUUUCUGCAGUGGGCAGUGUCUGCUCAGACCCAGACUGCCAGGAGUACGCUAAACUGGCCUGCAGUAAAACUCAUACCUGUGGACACCCCUGUGGAGGAGUCAAGAAUGAGGAAGCCUGCCUUCCAUGUCUGCAUGGCUGUGACAAGAACACUGGAUGUCUGAAACAGGAUGCAGACGACAUGUGUAUGAUCUGCUUCACAGAGGCCCUCUCUGCUGCUCCUGCAGUACAGCUGGACUGCACUCACGUGUUCCACCUUCAGUGUACUCGUCGUGUUCUGGAAAAUCGCUGGCUUGGACCCCGAAUCACGUUUGGGUUUAUGUUGUGUCCUAUCUGCAAGAACAAAAUCAAUCACUCGGUGAUCAAGGACCUGCUGGACCCCAUUAAGGAGCUCUAUGAGGAUGUGAGGAGAAAGGCUCUGAUGAGGCUGGAGUAUGAGGGUCUACAUAAGAGUGAGGCUAUAACGACACCAGGAGCACGUUUCCACAACGACCCUGCAGGCUUUGCCAUGAACAGAUAUGCAUACUAUGUCUGCUACAAAUGCAAGAAGGCAUAUUUUGGUGGAGAGGCUCGCUGCGAUGCGGAGGCCGGACAGGGAGAUGACUACGAUCCCAGUGAGCUGAUCUGUGGAGCAUGCUCAGAUGUCUCCCGGGCUCAGAUGUGCUCCAAGCAUGGCACAGACUUUCUGGAGUAUAAAUGUCGAUACUGCUGCUCGGUUGCUGUUUUCUUCUGCUUUGGCACCACCCACUUCUGCAACGCGUGCCAUGAUGACUUCCAGAGGAUGACCAGUGUCCCCAAGGAAGAACUGCCCCAUUGUCCUGCAGGUCCCAAAGGCAAGCAGUUGGAGGGUACUGAGUGCCCUUUGCAUGUGGUUCACCCACCAACGGGGGAGGAGUUCGCCCUGGGCUGUGGGGUGUGCAGAAAUGCUCACACCUUCUAAACAAGACUAAUUCUAAAAACCAGUUUGUCUACUGUGAUUUCUGGCUGCUGCUGAAGCUCAGCUGUGAAGCUUGGCUCUUGCAUUGUCAAGUCUCCUGGACACUGGACCAGGUUUCUGCCCUACACCAAGAGUCCUCAGGUCUGCUCUUCUACUAACAUCAGUAUCUGGGCUCUGCUACAACACAAGCUUGGGGUUCCUUCAGAUUCUGAGUAACCUGAAUGAAAAAAACAAUAGAAUUUUAAAAAAGAAGAAAAAAAGAAAUCUUGUGAUGUGUUUGCAUGCAGCCGUUGUAUUCCCUCGGCUUCUAUAGACGUUGCACACCUCCUGAUCACUGAAGUGGAACAAUACAAGAUUAAACAUUGAAUAGAAAUACAUUUGCUCAAAGGAAACUGUGGAUCAGCGUGGGUUAAAAAAAGGAACAGGCAGCUUCCUAACUAUAAAUUUAAAAUAUUGUUGUAUGUAAACUUUUUUCGUAAUAUUGUACAGUAUUCUCCACUGUCAAGUGCAUCAUGGGUUGACGGACAAGAGAAGGUGGAUAAGACUGUUAAGAAUAUUAUGUUUGGGAGGAAAAUAGUGUACGAUUUAUCUAAUCUUGUAUAUAAUGAUACUAUUCAAAAUAGCUGUAUUCCGAAGUUGCUACUCUUCACUUCAGUUUUGUUUAAUAUUCUGGGUUAUGUUUUGAGCCAGAACUUUUAAUGAAGUGCAAUACUGGGUGUGCCUCCUAUUUUGCAGCUGUUUAACCUAUGGAAUGUAUGUCAAUAAAGCCACUGUACAUUUUUAUACAGUAGACAGUCGUAAUUUCCCCUCUUGUAAAUGUCAGAUCUCUACUGUUGUCUGGAUAUGAGAAGAAGAAGCCUGGCGCCUGCAGUGAAUGAUAGUGGAUAUAAAUCCUAUUUGCAGCUCUGUCAACAAAAAAGUACCAAAUUCUAUAGAAAUACAAAAACAAACAAAACACCUCACAGAGAGACCUAUUACAGCUGAAUGAUUUGAGGAGCCAGUCUUCACACCAAAUAAAAUUGUGCACCUGUAAUGCUUUUCCCUAGUAGGAGGCAGGGGGAUCGGGGGUCAGGGGAACGGAGCGUGGGGGGAAAAAAAAGCUGCUGUUACAUAAAAAAGCUUAAUACUUGUGAAUCUGCUCUGUAAUAUCUGUGGUGGAUGGAGUUGAAUGGUAAUAAACCAGGUUCUCUGUUUCGCAAAGUA